UGUCGUGUGGAUUGGUGGCAGCAGCUCCAACUACAACACAAAACACAAACACAAACACACAGACAGAACACAACACAGUAACACUUCUCUUCUCUUCUCCACUGCCCCAACACACAACAACACUUCAACCUUCUUCUAUCAUUUUCAAUUCACAACACUAAGAUUUGGACAGAGUGCAUGUGAAUCAGGAAACCAUGACUUCUUCCACACAUGAUCCCACAGAUAAUGAGGCUGAUGGACAGCAGCAGUCAGAAUCACAGAUGCAGCCAAUAUCUGCAAACGGAAUUUCUCACGCCAGUAUUGAUAAUGCUCAGAUUGUUCAGUAUGCAGCACCUCCACAGCUUGGUACGGGGCAUGCCAUGGCACCACCACCUGCUUAUCCAUAUCCGGAUCCCUACUACAGAAGCAUCUUUGCUCCCUAUGAUGCACAACCUUAUCCGCCGCAACCCUACGGUGGACAUCCAAUGGCCAAUCUUCAGUUAAUGGGAAUUCAGCAUGCAGGAGUUCCUUUGCCAACUGAUGCAGUUGAGGAGCCUGUGUUUGUCAAUGCAAAACAGUAUCAUGGUAUUUUAAGACGCAGGCAAUCUCGUGCUAAAGCUGAAUCAGAAAAGAAAGUUACACGGAAUCGGAAGCCAUACUUGCAUGAAUCACGGCAUUUGCACGCUCUGAAAAGAGCAAGAGGAUGUGGAGGCCGGUUUCUGAAUUCAAAGAAAGAUGAGAAUCAACAAGACGAGGUUGGAUCAGCUGACAAUUCACAUUCCAAUAUCAAUCUCAAUUCUGAUAGAAAUGAUCUUGCACAAUCUGAUAAACAACCUUGAAAAAAGUCAAAGAAAUGGCGAUGCUGUAGACUGCAUGGAUCUGUUUGUCUAUACAUAUCAUGAGACAAAUUACCAACCAACAGCAACCUCAGAUAUAUCUUGCUGAUGUUUCAUUGUGUCAGUGUACAAUCCCAUAUGUAUAGGUAUAGAUUUUGUGUGGUAGGGAUAUGUUAGGGAGGUUGCAAGACAAAGCAAGUAAAAUGUAAAAUGAAGUGAUUUAUAUCAAAUGUUAUCUCCAAUGUGAUCCUUUCUAGCCUUGUAGGUGAGGUGAGUGAUAGGUGAGAUCAUUAUUGUAUGACCAUUUCUUUGUACUAUUUGGUACUAUGGAGGGAUUAGAAUUAUCAGAAGACAUGAUGGUUUGUUUGGAUCAUGUUUGUUUAGCUUGUGAGAAACAGAUUAAAUAUUGUAGCAAGUCCAGAAGGCCAUGAUAGAGCUUUUGCUUUAGGGGCAUUGAUUGAACAACCAAGGUAUAUUAUGUUUAUGAUUUUUCAAUUA